AUGGCAUUCGAUAUGGUGGACCAUUCAAUUUUGUUAAAGAAACUGGAAUGCUAUGGACUUGAUGGUGCUGCUGUGUCUUGGUUCAAUUCCUAUCUCUCGGGGAGGAAGCAGUAUGUAUAUUAUAAGGGCACAUCAUCAACAACUAGGGAUAUUACUGACGGAGUUCCUCAAUGGUAAAUUCUUGGCCCUCUCUUGUUCCUGAUUUUUAUUAACGAUCUUCCUUUAUACACUCAAUCACAAACUGACUAAUUUGCCGAUGAUACCAUUGUUAUUGCAUUUAGUGAUCGAGACCAGAUUCAGGAGCUGCAAAAUAAGGUACAAAGGGAAAUGGCAAAUGUCGAUGAAUGGGCAACUUUAAAUAAUUUACCACUGAAUGCGGAUAAGACGAAGAUUAUGGUUGUUGGUGGGAAACGUUCUACUGUUUCCACAGGCAUUGAUAUUAACUUAAAUGGCUCAAACAUUUCUCAA